UUACAAUCUGUCAUCUGUGCUCGGCCAUCUUGAGAAGUUAAUAAAUUGACUGAUCGUCGAAUCAGAGUAGGUAAAUGUUGUUUUCAUACUACCUGCAACAAAUAGAUAUAAUUUUUUUCAUUUCACCACGUCACACUCGUGGUACUUGCACUGAGGGCGCCGUUACUACUUGGAUUCUAUUUGGGCCAUCGUUGUUCCGGGAUCAGCUGUCAUACAUUUGACGUGUAUAGAACACAAACAAGACUGCUUUUAGGGUUGAUAUGCUGGUGGGAAGAUGAACGGAACGUUUUACGAGCAGCUGGGGAGUGUGGCUGGGGUGUUCGAACAGUGGGGCACAUGUGAGCGGACCGUGGUGGCCUGCGCUCUUGCUCGCCGGGUACCCUGGCCUGGGCUGCGGCUCGUGCAGAGGACGGUGGAAGCAGCUUUGCAGAAUCAUGUGGAAGACGAGCGUCUCGAACGAGAUGCUAAUGAUGAGACACUCCUGGCCACAUUAUUGGCGGCCAGAGUCAGUGAUGAUGAAGAAGAAGAUGGUGAAAGACUGCUUAAACUUCUGGCCCUGCUGCCUCUGCUAAGGACAGACAACGAGCGAGCUAAGAAUAUAUAUGUGGGUGCUGCUCCAGCUCUAGUGCAGAGAUGUGUGGAUGCACCAAGGCGCACCAUAGCUCCAGAUUUAUGUCGACAACUUUUGUCAUAUCUUCUUGUACAUCCUGCGUUGUCUCUUCACGAUCAGAGGACCUUGACACAAUGGCUACGCUAUCUAGAAAACCACAUCUCAGGCAACAGAAACUCAGAGUCUGUUUGGCAACAACGCACAGACCAUUGUCUUCUCCCGGAGACUAACAUUUGGAAUACCAAUAGCACCUUUAGGCGCACCAUCGGGAAGAAUGUAGAAUUUAGGGGAAUACUAGACACGGUAGAGCCCCCUUCCUAUACAGAUUUGUUGCAGGAAUCCUUCUCAAAGAACGGCAGAGACGUAGACAUCAGCAUAGAGGGAGACAUCUUCGAUCCGGUGAUCGUUCAGGCCAAGUCGCAGAGGUCCAACAGCUUAACCCCACCGUCGACCAACUUCUUACAGAUGUCGUCCUCGGCCGAGAAUCUGAGCGACGAACCGUUUCAGAAACCUCGAAGUUUUUCGUUAUCCAGCGAACACAGUUUAGGCCAUUUGAGGCCGAUCGGCGUGACGUACGGGACCACGGGCAGCGAGACGAGGCUGGACGACCUCAGGUCGAACAAUUACACCGAGCACCCCGGGAUGUCCACGGUGGCUCAGUGGUUGAAGAGCCUGCGCUUGCACAAGUACGUGUGGCUCUUCACCAACAUCACGUACGAGCAGAUGAUGGCCAUGGACGAGAAGCAUUUAGAGAAAUUGGGCGUGACGAAAGGCGCUCGGCACAAGAUCCUGCUGUCCAUAAAGAAGCUGAGCGAGCGGUCGGCCAUCCUGGAGAGCGUGCAGAGCGAACUGAAGUCGGGGGCCGGGCCGGGGCCUCUGCUGCGGGCCCUGGACAGACUUCGAGGGGUGAUGCUGUCGCCCAUGCCGCCGACGUCCGAUCUGCCCGCGGCCUUGGUGGCCGCGCUGGACCUGGCGUCCGAGUGUCUGACCGGGGGCGGAGGGGCCGAGGGCGAGGACUUCGCGGACCCCAUGUCCCUGCACUGCUGGCUGGUCGAGAAGGCUCUGCACCACGAGUCCUUCGUCGGCGGGAGUCUGCGAGAGGCCCUCCGACGCCUUCGCCACCGCCUGCCCCCGAGGCAGUUCUUCCAGCACGUCAGCGACAUGCCGGCGCAUCGAAGGAACAAGCCCAGAUGGCGCGCGGGGCCGGCCCCCCGAGGACGCCGCUGGACGCCCCCCACCCCCCGCGGCAAGUCCCACUCGUACCCGCCCUUCCCCCCGCACGCCCUGCCUCCCGCCGCCCUCCCUCAGCACGAAGACUACUCCAGCCUCGACGCCCUCUGCCUGCAGAUGACGGAGCAGGCCAUCGACUGAGAGACGCGUUCCGGGCGAGAGCGAGACGAGCGUUCGGCGAAGGAAUUUCUUCGACAGACUCGCCGUUGCACCGUUGCAAUUCGAAUAUUCUCUUAUUCGACGAGCGGCGAGAAAUUAAUAUUACAUAAAUUCAUACAUAUUUUUCGAAAGACGUGAAAUAUUUAAUGAGGAAAUUAUUCAAUACUAUAUUUCAGAAUAUAAUAGCUUAAUAACUUAACUCGAACGUUUUCCACUUAUUUAUAGUCGAUUUUUGACUAUAUCUGCCGAUUGCAGGCUUUUACGUUUCGACGCGCGGAAGGUAUUCAAAUACUGGACCGUUUUGGGAAAUCGACCUAACGAUCGUGUUCUUACGACCGACCGACACGUAAAUGAAAAUAGACUCAUGUAAAAUCCAUCCCGUUUCGGCGAUCGUCCUGCCCGGAGUAACAUAGUCACGGAUAGCUUUAAAAAUCAAUUGAAAGAGCGUCGUAAUAUAUUUGUAACGAAUUAGUCGAUAAGGAUAUGACAAUAUUUGUUUAAUAUUUUUGCACCUCGAUCGCUCUCGUAAGCUAAGUUUUAUUUAUUCCUAGUUAAGGAGCGAAUCGGCCAUUUUUACUUUUUUAUGUGUACACCGAAUACAUCGACACUCCGCCUUCGCCUCUCGGAACAGAGCGACGGUGCCUCGGACCCGAUGGGUUUUUGGCGCUACAUAUAUCGAAAUAGUUGUAAUAUAUUGAGAUGUUGUACAGGACGGUCGUAGGGUGGUUCUUCGCAUCCGAAGAUUUGUAUUUGUAAAUAAAAUGUAAAGAUGUCGCAGUAAGUAUAUGGUAAGGGCUGUCCUGAAUUUGUUUGGUGCUAAUUUGCAUUGAUUUUGGGUUAGUCAGUAUAGAAUAGCUAGAUCGGUAGACUUAGAUUCGGCCUAACGCGGCCCCCACUCUGCUUUUUGUCCCUGGGUUAGAUGGGUUUGUGAGAUUCACUCCGCAAAGCUGGUACCGAAAAGUGCAUUCGGUUGGGCCCUUUCAGUUUUAACUCCGCUUUUGCCACUCUUGCGACAAUAUCCGUUUGAGAUCCUUUACGCAGCUGUCUUCAUUUCAGAAACUACUCCACUCCUGUAGAUUGCUUCUUACGAUCUCAAUUUCACCAUCUUCACUCUCCUCGGGAACGAUGUCGAAGUAAGGGUGGGGGCACAUUGUAAUUUUUAACAUGUUGUGCCUGUGAUGUUGUUAUUUUACUCAGCUUAUAGGACACACACACUGGGUCAAAUAAGGUCAUGGCACUAUGGUGGUGGUUUUGACGAGAUUUAUAUAAAAUAUACUUUGAUAUUCCACAAAUGUUUCUGACCCCGUGACAACGACGGACGUUGCGAUUAUUUUCGCCAAAUUUGGAACCAUUAUUUCCUAUUUAACCAGGGUAUAUAUAUAUAUAUAUCUGUGACACGAUGACGUAAGCGUGCGACGUCACCGGAGCAGACAAGCCGAACUAGUACUCCAAUUCUAAAAAUUGCUGGUUUCCUUCACCCUACUCUGCUUCAGUGAGGUCACACUCCAAAACUGGAGUCAAGUUCACCAUAAGGGUCUACUAAAAGAGUCACCCGGCUAUUUUACACGGAUAGAUUAUGGACGUAGAGAAUGAACUCAGCAAUCUGUUCUUUGUUCUGUAAAAACUUCAAGCGAAAGCAAACAACUGAGAUUGCUGCUCAAACAUACAGCAGCCGGUCUCUCCCAACAUUAUUAGCUAAAAUAUUUAAGUGGCCUCUGUGGGUUCGAGAAUAUUAUUUAAAUGUUAUUUUUUGAAAGACCAGUUAACAUAUUAUUGUUAACGUUAAGUCGUUGUCCGAGUGGAUGAUUUAUAAAAUCGCGAAUUUUUAUUACUAUUGUUGUUUGUGGCUUGCGAUAAGAGUGUUUUGACUGGAUCAAAAUUCUUUUGAUUGUCAUAUUGUGUGCAAUUUAUUUUUAUUAAAUUAUAUUAUGGUUAUUAUUGCAUGUUUAAUUCUACAUUGUGUGAUAAAUGUAUUGCAAUUAUCUAAUUAUAUUUGAAGGGUUUUUUCACCUUUGUUAUAUUAUUAUUCAUUAUUUCUCUGUUGACUACUUUAUUUUUUCAGGGACUGUGAUAAUCUAUUAUUGACCUAAUAAAUAACAAAAUCUC